AUGCUUUCAAUUCAAAAUAAAUAAGUAGAUUCAGAUUCUAAAGUUUAUUUAAAAAAUAAACAAUAAUUAUUUAUAGAAGGUUUACAUAAUGAUGAUCUUUAUUAAUUUAUUAAUCACUCAAAAAACUUAAACAACAACAAAUAAGAAUAAGAAAAAGUAAGAACUUAAUUUAAAUAGAAAUUAAAAUCAUUAUGGCAAUAGAUUGCUUAAGAUUGGCAAAAAUAUUAAAGAGACGUUAAAAUAGUUUAAUUAGUUGAAUUUGGAAUUCCUUUUAGUGCAAGGAGAGAUAUUUGGCCUUUAAUAGUGGGUAAUAAACAUUAAAUAACUUUGGAGUUAUUUGAAAUAUUAUAAGAAUAAGUAUAAAACAUUAUAAUUGAUCGAAAAUAUAAUUAUGGAAGAUUAGACUCAAUAAAAUUGAUUUAGAAAGAUUUAGGGAGAACUUUUGAUGUUCCAAGUAUAAAAAUUUUAAAAUAGGUCUUCGAAACAUCUUUUAAAUAGGUGGACCCCUUAGCGGAAGUUUAUAAUCAAUUCUAGAGACAUUUUGUAUGUACCGUCCAGAUAUUGGAUAUAUUUAAGGGAUGACUUAUAUAGCAUCAAUACUUUUGACAUAUUUAGAUGAUUAUAACACAUUUAUUAUAUUUAGCAGCCUUAUUACACAACCUUAAUUACUCCCAAUUUAUUUGGUUGAUACUAAUAUACUACAAAUUAUCUUUGAAUAAUUUUAAAAAUUGAUCAAAAUAAAUAUACCCAAAACCUAUUAUUAGCUCAAAAACUACAAUAUUGACUGCUCCAAUUUUUUAUUAGAAUGGAUUAUAACAUUAUUUGCUAAACCCCUAAAUCCUGAUAUUGUGGGGCGAAUUUGGGAUAGAAUGUUUUUUUGUGGAACUAAUGUUUUGUGGAAAACUGGUAUUGCUUUAUUAAAAUUGUUAUCUUCAUAAUUUAAGGAUUUAGAAAGUACACUUCAUCUUUUGAAAUAUCCUACUGUUAAUGAAAAUGAAUUACUAAAUGAAUUAAAUUUAGUAGAAUAUCCAGAUGAUGUUUCUUAAAUUCUAUCAUCAAUUCAAAUAUGA